AUGGCGGAGGAUGGGCCACAGAAACCUCAGCUCGAGAUGCCGCUGGUCCUGGACGAGGACCUGACCAAGCAGAUGAGGCUGCGUGUGGAGAGCCUGAAGCAGCGUGGGGAGAAGCGCCAGGAUGGCGAGAAGCUGCUGCGGCCGGCGGAGUCCGUGUACCGCCUCGACUUCAUCCAGCAGCAGAAGCUGCAGUUCGAGCGCUGGAACGUCGUGCUGGACAAGGCGGGCAAGGUCACCAUCACGGGCACCUCGCAGAACUGGACGCCUGACCUCACCAACCUCAUGACGCGCCAGCUGCUGGACCCCGCUGCCAUCUUCUGGCGCAAGGAGGACUCGGACGCCAUGGAUUGGAAUGAGGCGGAUGCCCUGGAGUUCGGGGAGCGCCUGUCAGACCUGGCCAAGAUCCGCAAGGUCAUGUUCUUCCUCAUCACCUUUGGCGAGGGCGUUGAGCCCGCCAACCUCAAGGCCUCUGUGAUUUUUAACCAGCUCUGA